GAAGAGUUCGCUGAGAAUGUCUAGCAAAACGUCUGGCACAACAAACAACAUAGCUCAAGCAAGAAGAACUGUCCAGCAGUUGAGAAUAGAAGCAUCUAUAGAAAGGAUAAAGGUGUCGAAGGCAUCAGCAGAUCUAAUGUGCUACUGUGAGGAACAUGCCAGGAAGGAUCCUUUACUAAUGGGCAUACCUGCUUCAGAAAAUCCCUUCAAGGAUAAAAAAACCUGCAUUAUUCUAUAGGCAAAGCAGCAAGAUGCCUUCAAAACCUUCCCCUGCAAAACCAACCUAGCCAAUUCUUAGAGAAGUAACCUGAAGGUCACCUGGUAGCCAUUGCAUAAAACAGCAACUUAUUUCCACCUUGUGUAUGAAUGAACUUUUAAGUUUCCUUGAGUGUUUGUUUGUCCCAUCCUAAAUGCCAGGCAUACGGUUCUAAAAGUUACUUCUUGCAAAAUGGAGGGGUUCUACAAAUGUUGUUAGGCAUGGAUUCUGUUGGCUUUGUUGGGUUGAACCGGGCUGGGCUGGGCUGGGCUGGGAUAGGCUUGAUUUUAAAAUGCAGUGAGUGUUCACAGAUCCAAGGAUUGAACUAUCAAGACCAAAGUUGCCUGAGCUUCAUUUACAGAGUAGUGAGGUAGACAAGCCUAGAGUGCUAAUCAAGCUUUCUUUUGCAUUUGAUUUUAUACCAGUGUGUACCUUGUAUAUGUAAAUGGAGUCUAUAUCUUGGGUGUGUGCAUAUGUUCGUUUAGAUGUAUAGACACAUUCCAGAGUGCAUUCUUUGAAGUGCACUCUUCAGAGUUCAUUGAUGCAUUUAUUGGUAGGAUUUCUGCAGUUCAUGCUUUCACUAUUUAGUAUAUCUUAAGCUCUCAAAAAUGUCUUAAAAACCUACACCUUUGUACAUACCAUAAAUUCUGAUUCUCAAAAUGAGUUUUGAAAAGCGACAUCUAGCUCCUUUAAUCUAUCUUUUGUUUCCACUGAAAUGUAGACUACACUAAAUUCAUAUUGAUUGUGAUAAUGGUGUCUAAAAAUUUUUCCUCCUUUUCUUUUUGUCUUUAAGAGGAAUUCUGUCCUUUGCCUUUCCUACACAGUUUCUAAUGAACUGAUUUUUGGAAGCUUUCAGGCUUUUUUUUCAGUUUGAUCCCCAAAUGUACAUUUCAUAAAUGUCAAACAAUCACUAAGUAGGAAGAGAGACUCCGAGUGAAAUCUAUGGUGCUACUGCUUCUGCACAAGGCCUAUUAAAAUCAGUGGUUGUGCUAAAUAAAUGCUUGAAGGGUUAUAGCAGUUCUCGGCAGCAGCAACCAAUCUCUUCUGUAUGUUAACAUUAUUAAUGAAUUUGGGUACCGGUCACGUGGUAAUGAAAUACUGAAUAAAAAGAAGCAACACUGAUACAUUUUAAGCCAGGA